UGACAGUAGGUUUUAAACUUAGCGCUCGAACACUCCAAAGUUCGUAUCGCUAAAGAUGGAUUUAAAAUUAAUUUAAAAAAUAGUUUGUUUAUAAGAAUAUGUGUCAUGUGAUGUGAUGAGUGAUUGUGUGUUUUGUGGAUUUUUUUAAAGAAAUACAAGAUGGCAGAAAUAAACCUGCAGAGGCGGAAAGCCGCCGCGGUGCUGAGCGAGCCGAGCCCACUGCUGGUACUGUUGGUGAUAUGUUUGAUGCAGUGCUGCGGUGGACAGGUCAUCAACAGAGCGCCGCACUUCAUACCGCAGACUGGGGACAUGUCGCAGUUCACUUUACUAGAGGACACACCUGUCGGGACACCGGUGUACCACUUGAAAGGCAUUGAUCCAGAAAACGGUCAGCUAAGAUACUCAAUAUCCGGUCAGUAUUUCAGCGUCGACUCUCUGACUGGAGUCGUCACGCUGGCGAAAUCGUUGGAUAGAGAAGAACAAUCAUCAUUAGAAGUAAUCAUUAGUAUAACAGAUGAGGGUAUAGCAGAAACGGAACCAAAUACGGUGUCCCUGCGACGUGUGAUCCCCGUCAGAGAUGUGAAUGACAACCCGCCCGUGUUCCACAACCGGCCCUACAUUGUUAACAUUAGCGAGGCUCUACCCGUCGGUAGUGAGAUCGAGGUGUCGCCGCGCAUCUUGGUGACCGACCGCGACGAAGGCGAUAACGCGAAGAUCCAAGUGAGAUGCUCGACCAAAGAGAGGGGCAGCGAUUUCGAGGCGUGCUCCACUUUCAAAAUUGUUACAGAUACGGUGACUGAGAAUCAGUAUCAGGUCCGGAUCUUCCUAGCAAAGCCGCUGGACUUCGAGAGUCGUUCCGCUUACGUCAUAUCACUGGAGGCUGCGGAUGUGUCUGCAAGACCUCUGCGCGCAGUCGCUAGCGUUGCAGCCGCCAUACAAGACGUGCAAGACCAACCUCCAGCCUUCGUUAACGCACCGUAUUCUGCCACAGUACCUGAAAAUACUCCUCCGAACACGAGUAUAAUGGAAAUAAUAGCUAAAGAUGGCGAUACGGCAAACCCACGCCCAGUUUUGUUAACAAUUGAGGGAGACACCCAGAACUACUUUCAACUACUACCUGACAGGCCAAUUGGUCGUGCUACAUUGGUUUCUACAGAUGUUCCUCUUGAUAGAGAAAGUGAUAUUGUCGUGCAAAACGGAGGAGUUUAUAAUUUUUUUGUAAAGGCCACAGAGCUUAUAAAUAACGAAGUGCCUUCAGAUUUUACAGUCAUCCCUGUAACAAUAAUAGUAACUGACGUCGAUGAUCAUAUACCUCAGUUUAACAAACAAUUAUUCGAUAUAUCUAUACCCGAAAAUAUUGAAAACGGUAGCCCAAUACCAGGUUUAUCCGUUUAUGUCGAUGAUAAUGAUUUAGGACAGAACAGUAAAUACGAUUUAAAGCUCCGGGACGUUUUUAAUUCUGAUGGAGUAUUCUCAAUUACGACUGACCACGGUGAAGGAAGAACACCGAUUAGUAUAAAAGUAAAAGAUUCCUCUAAGCUAGAUUACGAUGUAGAUGAUGAGGAAAAGAGACUUUUUAGUUUUGAUAUUGUAGCAUCCGUUGAUGAUGAAGAGCUUUCGGCAGCUAGAGUAAAUAUAAAACUUUUAGACAUGAAUGAUAACGCGCCGGUAUUUGAAGAACCACAUUACAAAUUCAACGUACUCGAAAGUGCACCCAUUGGCUACAAAAUUGGUGAUGUUCAAGCAACUGAUAAGGACUAUGGGAUAUUCGGUGAAAUUCAGUAUUCUUUAACGGGAUUUGGAUCAAAUUUAUUUAAAACCGAUCAGUCUACAGGAGGACUUUAUGUUACUAAUACACUAGAUUAUGAAACCCAAAGAAGUUAUAGUCUAACUCUUGUUGCCAAAGAUGGUGGAGGUAAAGGAACAACUACAAGUAUAUUUAUUGAAGUCUUGGACGCUAACGACAAUGCACCUAUUUUCGAGGCUCCGGAAUAUAGUCGUACUAUAAGAGAUGGUGCUACCAGUUUUGAACCUCAACUUGUUGUACGGGCAACUGACGUAGAUGGACCAACUCAAGGAGGUGGACGUGUCCGUUAUUCUCUUGAAUCAGAUAACAGUAUUUCUCAUAAAGGCCAGGUUUUCGCUAUUGAUGAAGAUACAGGUGAAAUAUAUAUUAUUAAUAAAGUCGAAACUAUGGACACGCCAAGAGGACAAUAUGAACUGGUUGUAAGAGCUACUGACUAUGGUAAGCCACCUUUAUUUAAUGAAACAAAAGUAUACAUACGUGUAGGCGUACCUGGUAAUCAGCGACCAACAUUCAAGGGUAACUAUCAUCACUAUACGUACACAGUUAAUCAAAGAAGUCCAGACAGCAACGAAGAUUUUACAUUUGAUCUUAAUCCGAUGAAUUACAAAGCUAUUAUAAGAGAAGACGCGAAGCCUGGACAGAAUGUUACCAACAUAAUAGCUAAUGAUCCAGAUGGUUUAGAUGAUUUGUUAACAUAUCACAUUGUAUCUGGAUCAAAGGAUAAUUUUGUUAUUAAUGAAAAGACAGGUUUGAUAACAGUUUCCAACGAUGCAAAUCUUGAUCGAGAUGUUAAUCCUGAACGUUAUGAAAUAAUUGUUUCUGCCGUAGACAGUGGAAUUCCAAUUCCUGAAACUGCUACUACUACUGUAUUUAUAACAAUUCAAGAUGUCAAUGAUAAACCACCAAAAUUUAAUGUUACUGAAUCAACUACCUACAUUUCGGAGAGAACGAAAAUUAAUGAUGUUGUUACAAGACUGAUAGCAUACGAUUCAGAUUCAAAUGCGAGACUAAAAUAUAGUUUAAUAGAACCAAUGAAAGCAUUUUCUAAAGCUGGUGUUCAAGUUAAACCAAAUUCACCCUACGAUUAUAAACACAUCUUUAAAGUUAAUGAAGACACUGGAGAAAUUCUAGUAAAUGGUACUCUUGAUUAUAGUCAAGCAUCUGUAGUAAUAUUAUCUAUAAAAGUUACAGAUGCUAAUGCUGAAGUAAACAGGGAAAAUCAAUAUGCCGUAACCGAACACACGAUUUAUAUACAACCUUAUGCUGAUAAAAAUCCACAAUUUACUAAUCCCGGAUGGACUAGUUCUUCUCCAAUAAUACACCACAAAGUCAAAGAAGAUCAACCAAUAGGAAGCACUGUGCUAAUUUUGAUGGCUGAAGAUCCUACUUCAGGCCACAUGGUAUCAAACUUUAAAGUUAUAACUUCUGAAACUGGCCUUUUACAAGUAGAUCCUUUGAGUGGUCAAGUUGUUUUGACUAAAUAUUUGGAUUACGAAGAGCUUACGAAUCCAAAUUUAACAUUAACUGUGCAAGCUACUAGUAACGACGGAAGUAAGCACAGUAAAGCUAAAGUCAUAAUUGAGGUGGUAAACAUAAACGACAAUGCACCACUUUUCAGUAAAGAGUUAUAUAAAGUGAGCGUGCUUGAAUCAAUUAAAUAUCCAGAACCUAUAGUAACAGUACAAGCAAAAGAUGGUGAUGCAGUUUUGACUGAUGAAGAUAAAGCAAAUGGUUUUGCGGAUGUAAGGUACAUAUUAAGAGGAGAAAAUGCAGAAUUACUUGCAAUAGAUAAUGUCACAGGAGUUAUCAAGGUUGCACCUAAUAAGACUUUAGAUCGUGAACGCCAGUCAGUUCUACGCCUCGAAGUAGAAGCAUUUGAUACACCAAAAGGUGGUGCUGAUAGACUCAAAUCAAUCGCAACACUACUUAUAGAUGUUUUGGAUGUUGAUGAUAAUACACCGGCGUUCGACAAAACCGUAUACACAGCUGUAGUACCAGAAAAUGUGGCAGUUGGAAAAAGUGUGAUUAAAUUAUCAGCAACUGACCCUGAUGAAGGUCUGGGAGGAGAAAUCAAGUAUGAAUUCUUAGAUGAAGGCGAAGCUAAUGGCCUAUUCACAAUAGACCCUACAAGCGGAGAAGUGAGAACUCAGCGUGAUCUGACGGGCCGCGGUCGUACCGACCCUUACCGCUUGUUAGUUGGAGCUACAGAUGGUGGUGGUCAUACCGGAGAUGCGUCUCUGUCUCUUUAUAUAGGAGAUGUAAGCGCUAACGAUGGCGUGCCAAGGUUUAUUAGACCGGCACCUGGAGAAUCAUUGAGUGUUAGUGAGAAUGCAACCAUUGGUUCUCCAGUAUUCCAAGUAGUAGCAAGCGAUCCAGAUGAUCCCACGCAACCUUCAGGACAACUUUUCUAUUCUAUUCAACAAAACAAUGCUGAUGCCAAAAAUUUUGCUAUAGAUCCUCACUCAGGUUUGAUAACCACACGCCAAACAUUGGAUCGUGAGCGCAAACCGUCGUACACUUUGGUGCUGCUAGUCACUGACAGAGGCCAACCUCCGCAACAAAGCACACGCAUCGUCACUGUUGAAGUAGCUGAUAUAGAUGACCAUAAGCCACACUUUGCCAGGGGUUUGGAUGAUCCGCCAUUACUUAUAACAACUGACGAGGAAGUACCAAUUGGAAGUGUCAUAGGGACCAUUCAAGCGAUUGACGAAGACAUUGGCGAAAAUGCAGCAAUAGAUUAUGUUAUAACUGCUGGCAAUGAAUUAGACCUGCUCAGGCUUGAACGUACUAAUGAUAGCAAAGCUCUCAUAAUAGCUGCCAUGAGACUAGAUAGAGAAGUAGUAUCGAGACAACUGAUCACUGUGAAAUGUUUCAAAUAUGGUACCAGAGCAAGGAUAAAUAAGUCGUAUAAUCGACUGGACCCAUCAGAGCUACAAGUUGUAAUUAGGAUCUUAGAUAUAGACGAUCAUCUCCCCGAGUUCGAUAACACAAACAUGACAAUUGGAGUGAGAUUAAACGUACCGGUGGAUACAGUCAUAGCUACAGUUAAAGCCAUCGACAAGGAUCCAGAUGCUUUGCCUAUUAAUUACAAAAUCAUUAAUAUGACCUUUGAAUCUCCCAUUAAAUCGAAAUCCUCAAAUAAUAUAACUGAUGUGAUCGUUCUAAAUAACGUGACCGGUGAAAUGAAAAUUAUGAAGAAUUUAAUACAUUAUGCUGAUGGUAUAUUUAGGUUAAUUGCUCGAGCAAACAAUUCUAAUGAAGCGGAUCGAUUCAGUGAUCUUUUAGUAGAGGUCGUAGUGGUUCGAGAACGUGAUCUCUUAAGACUAGUGGUGCCAGGCGGCCGGUCUCGCUUAGCUGCGUUGAAGGAGCGGAUCUCAAACGUUUUGGAAACGAAACGGUUAAGGCUGCAGUUGCAUGAUGCUCCUCACGCGGCUUUCUACGAUAAUGUUGGGCCCUGCUUUCAAUUCCGGAAAAUGGACACCGGGGAGGCGCUGACACCGAAGGCGAUGAAGCAGACAAUACGCACGCUGGGCACGGAGUUCCAGGAGAUACUGGAGACGUAUAACGUGCACAAUAUCACGAGUUGCGGCGCGUCGCGCACCAAGCACACGUCGGCACAGCAUGCGUUGCUGAUACUGGCUGCUGCGUUGCCUGUUGCUGCACUGGUCGCGGCUCUGGUGCUGUGCUGCAUGCACUCCAGUGCAAAACGCCGCAUGCGCUCGUCUCUGCUGGUGAGAGAGGCGGCCGUGGCUCCCACCACUGUCUCCGCCCCCACCAGACUGUAUGCCGAGCCGCUAUACUCCACGUGACGAAACGUAUACAGAACAAACAAUUCGUGUGUGCUCCGACGCGCCAAUCGAGAUCACUAACUCCUAACGGAGAAUCGUCUCAAUACUUUUUUGAGACUUAUUAGUUCAGUGUCCAACAGGCUCUAUACAGAUACUCCACGUGACUAAAACAAACUAUACAUAUAUAGAGCCAAUUAUAAUUGAUUGUGCUAGCUCCAACAUACUCGUACCUACGAAUGGUGAUCACGAUUUCUAAUCUAACAGCAGAGCCUAUAAGGUUUAUAGCUUGGCAAGUUUGUUGAUGACACUUCCAUGAUAUGCGAGCGACGGGGGGAAAGACUGCGCGGGUGUGAAAACGUGCGUGCGGGGACACGAGGUGUUAUUAAUCGUGGGUUUUUCAGUCAUCGUUAAACGCACCCGGCCCGCGCGGACCAUAGGGAGUGUUACGAACGAAUUUACCAAGCUGUAGUUUUUCUUGUCAUAUAAAAUUAUCAUUCAAUUUAGGUGAAGCUAGAACCGCUUUUUACUUUUAGGUAUAAUUUUUUGUUUGCACCCAGAGACACUUUACCGACAGCCAAGAAGUGUAAGCCUGGUCAUGAGACACUUUAUAACAAAAAAGCCUUUGAAGUUUCUGCUGGUUAAAACUAGUUUUGACCGAUUUUGUUAGUCAAAAUUAAUUUUGAAUAGUUAAAAGUAGAUUGCAACCAUAGUCCAUAAAAGUAUUUCAUUUUAUCUUGCCAACCUACUAAUAUUCUAUUAAAUUGCCUACUUACAGAUUAACUUGAGAUUUCGCGACCAUUUUAAACUAUGUAGGUAUGUCUGAUUAAUUUAAAUUUAAUUUAUUUAUACAGCGUAGAUUUUUCAACUGAAGAGCAACGUUCAUUGAUUAAUGUGGGUAUUGGUCCAAGAGCUGGUCGAGAUUUUGGGUAAAUAUGUACGUACGUAUUAGAGGCAAGCUGUAGGUACGUAUCCAAAAAUAUUUACCAGCUCUCGGAAUAAUUAAACUUUGGCAUGAUUAGAUUUCAUUUAAUUUAAUGAAUUAUUAAUUUAAGUACAUACUAACUAUUGAAAUGCAUUACUAUUACUUAUUAAAAUUAAUAAUAUUUUUUAUCAAUCAAACAAUGUAGUCGCGCUAUGUAGAUAGGUAUUUUAAGAUCAUUAAUAAAUUAAUACGUCGCAAAUUUAUUAUGUAAAAAUAGAAAAUACUCGAAUUUUUUAUAUUUUCAGUUAAAAUUUAUUUAAUAUAUUUAGAUUUAAUAGCUAUAUGUAUAUAUUCCGUCCAAAGGCCAUCAUUAUUUUUCAAGUUAGGUAUACUAGAAAUAAUAAAAAUAAACUAAUUGAUCCGACGGACAUUGAAGGUCCCGUGUAGAAUUUGUAAUCAAAUAAAAUUAUUCUAGAUUGAAGGCCGUUAAAAUAGUAUUUAUUUAUUUGUAUAUUGUUACCGAAAACGCAAGGCGUCGCAGUCAUAGAGGCCUUGUAACACGAAAAAAAAAAAUUUAAUACAUUUUUUUCGUCGCGUUCCCUAAAAGGCGCGACUACGAGUAGGUACUUGGAUGCCGUUAAAGUAACUAGUAGACUUAUUGCUGCCAGUAAUCCCACGAAUGAAUACUUAGACAACGAGACUGUACUAUAGUUUUAACUUUUGGCCAUGCUUUUUGUCAAAACUUAAGUUUAAGCGAUAGUACCUUUUAUGUAAGUAAUACUACAAACAGUCAUAAGAAAGCCAUGACUCACGCAUAAGUAUUUUAAAUAUUAUUAACCUAAACCAUUAAAGAGAUAUUAAAAAUUCGAUCAGCAUUGACUACAUAGGCUAAAUAUGAAAGUUCAAAACCACAAGAACGGGUGAAAUCACCGCGAGUCCGCUCGUAGGCCAUAAUAUUUUUCAAAACAAGCAAGAAGGAAGUAUUCGGAAAAAUCUCGGUGUAAGAAUGCAAUCGCUAAUAUAUAUUUUUGUAGGUUCUAAAGAAAAGUAUUGAAAAUGUUUUCUACAGAACCCUGACUACAUAAAAUGGGAGUCAAACAAACCGUAGCGAAUUUAUAGUUUUUUUUAAAAGCCUUUACGAUGAUGCCAAAACAAGGAAGGUUGCAUAAUUAAGAAUGAAAAUGUGUGUUUUGACGGACCGAUUCAAUGUUAAAAUGUACAAAAUAAUAAUGUAUUCGGUGACCAUAAUGUAGUGUGAUAAUAAAAUAAAAAUUAAUUCUAAGUCACAAUUUUUUAUAUUUUUAAUUUUAUUUUGCUAUUCGUUAAGAUACUUUGGAUUAUUUAAAAUGUGAAUAAAUUAAUGGUGUUUUA